AUGUCUAUCCUUUUCUACCGUCGUCCCGACUACGUUUCCAAGUCCAACGGCCCGCUUGACCGGAAGGAAUGUCAGCGCUAUGUCGAGCGGACUGCCAACGGCAAGAGAGGCAUCCCCGAUGAGCUCUCUUUUGAGAACAUCAUCGCCAACAAGGCCCUGCCGCCAUGCCAGCUUCGCGACUUCAUGGACUACCUGGUCUAUGUGACCCACGAUGCCGAGAAUCUUCAGUUCUACCUCUGGCUUCAGGACUACACCGAGCGCUUCAACGCUCUCAAGGCAGACCGCAAGACGCUAUCUCCGGAAUGGAAUGAAGAAGAGCCACCAGUCGAGGAGAAGGUUACUCAACGCGCCUCCAUGAGCACUGUCAUGGGAAAUAGGAAGAGACGUCCUCCGCCGCUCAUGCCCAAGAUCGACUUUGACAAGCCCGCUGAAGCCGCCGCUCUUGGACUGAACGAGAUGGUCGUUACUCCAGUUACUCCCAGGAGCGACUGCAUGCCUUCUCCAGGCCUCAGCAGGCAGGACACUUUGUCUCCUACUCAGGCCACCUUUGGCGAUAGGCACAGCGUUCCCACCGUCUCCCUCACAGGCCAGGCAUCUCAAUAUGGCGAGCCCGUCCUCUCCGAGGAGUCAGUCCGUGAAAUCGCUGACGAAGCCAACGCUUCUGCCGGUCUCAAGUGGCAGGGCUUCUCUGUCCAGCCCCUUCGUCAGGAGGUCGACCGUGUCAUCGCGCACUAUAUCGCGCCGGGCGCUCCGCGUGAGCUCAACCUUUCGGCCCGUGACCGGUCUGCUGUGCUGCACGCACUGCAGCACACGACGCACCCGUCGGCUUUCAAGAUUGUGGCUGAAAUGGUCGAGGCGACACUGCGCGGUCAGGCGCACCCCAACUUCGUGCGCUGGAGCAUCUGCAACGGCAACAAGCCCCGUGUCUUCUUCGUCCGCACUAUGGGUGUCUCGCACAUUGCGGGCGGCCUGAUCAUUGGCCUGCUUCUCCUUCUGUCCAGUGUCCCGCGCUGGUGGCGCCUGUUCAUGUUCCCCGUCCUGUUCAUGGGCACGACGACCAUGAUCGCGGCCUACAAGGGUCUCUGUGUCAUCCUCCACAAAGAACACAAGCGUUGUCUCAAGCCUUGGGAGGAAGAAGACAGCGUCAGCAUGAAUAGCGAAGUCAGCAACACCUCCUCGAACGCUACCGCGACCAACGAGAAGCCCCCUAGCACCCUCGCUCCCGCUCAAGACCCCUCGCGCUUGAAGAGGAUUUCCACCAACAGCCUCGCCCCAUCUCAGGACGCCGCGCGCCUAAAGAGGAUUUCGACCAACAGUCUCGCCCCAUCUCAAGACCCCUCGCUUAUGAAGAAGACUUCGACCAGCACCUUUGACUACGACGAGGAAGCCACGCUGAACGGCAACGACAGGUCGCCGAACAUGAUGAGGCGCGCCUGGAGCAUGGACACAUUCGGCAGCAGCAACUCGUUCGACAGCGAGGCGUGGGUCUCCAACUACGAGAAGAAGCCCCUCAAGGAGAAGAUUUGGGACAAGGAAACCUGGGUCCAGGAGGCGAGCGUGCGCAUCAUCCAGGAUAAGAUUGUCAAGGGUGCGCAGAUUUGGAGCAUGAUCAUCACUACGACGACAACGGCCGUCUUCCUCGCCCUUCCCGGAGCGUGUCUGUACUAG